AGGACGCAUGCGUAAAGGUUGCUACGGUUACCCAGAUACACGAGUGAACAUGCCGCCCAAGAACAUACAGAAGAAAGGUGGUAAGCUGUCCAAGGCUCAAAAGGCAAAGCAGCAGCAAGAGGAGGAGGAAAGGAGGCUGCGAGAGGAAGAGGAAGCCCAGAUAAAGGCAAAAAGAGAAAAACAGGAGAGACUGGAAAGAAAGAGAAAGGAGGAGGUGGAAAGGCUCGAGCUAAAGGACCUAGAGCGCAGAGAGGAAGAGCUGAAUGAACUGCACCAUCUACUGGAAGAGAAUAAUACUGCAGUCACCAAAUGGAAGACUAAAGCUGUGGAGAGUGCCAAGUGGGAGCGAUCCAUCCGUUGUGAUGGUUUACCAAACCCAUACAUACAGCGGGACAUUAACACUUUUAUGAGCUUAUGGAGAGACGACUCAGAAGUCAACAUCACACCUGUGCUCCAGCAAUGUAACCCUGCUGUACAGCUAGUAGAUGAGUUGGAAGAGCUCCUCAGAGAUGCUACAGAUCCUAAAGAGGGCCAGAAGUACGAGGAGUCUCUCAUAAGUUUGCAGGAGCUAAUCCAUUCAAAACAGCGCCUCGCCAUCGAGGAGAUACUUAAGAGAGCCAAUAAGAACAUCGACAUCGAGACAGACAACAUGCAAACUGUGAUCAAAGAUGACAACAUUACACUGUGUCUCUGGGCCAACCUCAAGAAGAAUCCAAGUUUUAAAGGUUUCAACUUCAAGGAGGUAGGCUUCAGCUUUAAGCUUCCCGAGGAGCUGGCUAAGAGCAACAUCGCUGUGCAGAUCCUCCACACACGCUAUGACUACCUCUCUUCAUUGGUCAGGAGGAUUCAUCUGCAAACACAAGCUCCUAUGAACAGGUCUUUUGCAGGAGCUGAGAAUGUUUUAGAAAAAACAGACCAACCUGAGCAGACAAAAAAAGACAGAGGGAGGAAGAAUGCAACCAGUCUGAAGUCGGAAGAAGGCCGAGUGGGCCAAAUCCAAACACAGAUGGAGCUACUUGGUGCAGGCAGGGAUCUGAUUGACCCCCCAGAGGAGCCUAUAGUGAGCAAGCCUGUUACCCAGGUGGUAGACUUGAUGCAGUACACACCUCUGGGUGGGGUAUUCUACUAUGAUGUGUUUCACCUCCCACCUCAAGCGUACUACGCCAGGGGCUGGGAAAUUCAGCAGCUGUUGCGUACAGGGCUGCAGUCGUACUGUUAUCCUACUGAGAAGUCUGAAUUAGAUGGCAAUGAGGCUCUCCCCUGUUCCCCAGUUGGGGUAUCCGUGACACUGCCUGAUUCUGUUGUCUUCUUGGAAACUCCACAAGUGGCUCGCUGGGAUGCUGCAGGUAAGCAGUGGCGCAUGGACGGCAUCACUGACGUCUCUUUUGAUGAAGCUGAGGCCAAAAUCUCCUUCAGUAUGGACUCCUUCCAAGCGUUUGUGCUGAUGCAGGAAACCUACGCCAACCUUCCCUUCAAGAGCUGGGAGCUCCGGCCACUGGGCCAAGACUCUGCUCUCUACACCAUCAAUGGGGCUCUCAUGGACCUCAGCAUCACUAUUCAGGAAAAUAAAUGUAUGCUGCAGUCAGAGCAAAAGAGAGGGCUCUCUCACCUCAUAGGAAAGUGGAUGAGUGGCCCGGCCCUGCAGAGGGCUAUGCUUAAUGCUGGGAUCAACAUCUUUGUGAAUGAAUACACAGACAAAUACGUCAGCAACUGUGCCAAGGACCCACUCACAGAACACGCUGCCUACGAACAGAUGGCCCUCUUUUCCUCUGCCUGUGCAUUCUCAUGGAGCAAGUGGAAUGCUAAAUGUGGAGCCGAGCAACUGGUCCUGCAGGUGUGUGAGCACCAUGGUCCCUCCCCUGUGCCUAAGGACUCGUGGAGUCUGUACCUUCUGGGAGCCCAGAAGAGUCGAAAGCUGGAGAUGACAGAGACGAGUGAAGCUUUCUCUCCAGACCAUUAUCCUGGCAGCGAAUUUCACUCCACCUUCAUCCACAUGCUCCAGGACACCAUGAGUCCCGAUGGCAUAGCUAGGAGCAGAAAAUGCCAUCAUCUGUUUGUUGACACAGUACAGAGCCUGCUCUGUGCCACAAGACCCCUGAUGUUUUCAUAAAGAGUGGGUUAGAAUACCUCCACAGCAAUGUGAGAGACUGAAAGUCAUUCAAGAAACAAUUACUUCAAAUUAUUGCUGCUAAAGGUGGCUCUACAAGUUAUUGAGUCAUGGGUGCAGUUUUCAUAGUUCUGUGGAAUCCUAUGAAAAACUUUUUUCUGAAUUUGAUUGUUGAAAUGGCAGUGUGAAAUAAAGUUGUGCAGGUUUGAA